UUAUAAGUUUCAAAAUAUGCAACAGCUUUGUUUAUAAAUUUUAAACGUUAUUUCAACAUAUCGAUUUCCAUCUUACGAUAACAUUAGUCGUUUGCCUCUACCACUCGUACUAAAUUCAAUUGUAAAAUUUGGAAUUUCGUUCUGAAUAAAAUGAUAACAACUUACCUAUAUGUUUUUGUCGCUGUUUUUGUUUGUUUUGAUACGGUGCACACACGAGAUGUGUUUGAUCUUCCGCCGUUGCCCAGACCAGAAUGUUGCAUAGGAACAUAUGAUAUCACGGAUAGACAGUGUUGUAUUUUCCCGCCAUUUUUUAACAGGGAGACAGCUCGAGAGUGCGGCGCCAAGAUUUUUCUGUCGUUCACAGACAGAACUGUCAAUAUUACUGGUAGCCAAAGAAAUUUUAUAAACGGCUGUGACUAUUGGGAGUGCGUUUUAGACAAAUAUGGAUUGCUGGAUACAGAAAAUAAUUUGAGUAUGGAGAAAUAUUUCGACCAUCUCGAUGUAUGGAUAAGCCUUAACACAAUGUUUAGAACUGUAAUCAUUGCUGGAAGGACUCAUUGCAAACAAAUCUACCAAAUAACAAAGCAGUUACCAAUAAAGACUUGUAAGUUCUUUGAAUUUCAAGGCUGUAUAAGGAAUUAUGUGAAUGUAGACUGUCCGGACAUUAUUCAGACUGCAGCAUGUAUAGAAUGGAAGAAAUUUUACGACGAAUGUCGAGACUACUUCAUUUAAUAGAAAUUAUUAUGCCAAAAAAUUAUACUUAAAGAAAAUAAUAUGUAAAGAUUUGAACUAUGAAUUUAUUGAUAUCAUUAAUUUAAAUCUAUUUUAUAAUAAAGAUUUACUAUCUACUAAUUACACUUCAUAAAAGUUA